GAACUGGAUGUUUCAUUUUACAAAAUUGAUAGAAAACCCGCUGUUUAAGCAUUGGAAGGCAGUAUUUCUGUUGUUGGUGCCUCAAUGGUUUGUCUUCGGGACAAUAUUGGUUUAAUUAAUGAUUUCAAUGAAAUCGAAAGUUUGGCAAAUCAAGUUGAAGAUUCUGGUGGCGUUUAUUUUGUACCCGCAUUUCAAGGUCUAUUUGCACCUUACUGGGAUCUUAAUGCAAGCGGUUUGUUCAUUGGUCUCUCUCAAUUUACUCAAAAAUCUCACUUGGUCCGAGCGAUGUUGGAAAGUGUCGCUUUCCAAACGACUGAUAUUUUAGCUCUAAUGAAACCUUCGCGUUCAGGAUUAAAGGUCGACGGAGGAAUGGCCGCAAAUGAUACUUUGUGCCAAAUAAUUUCUGAUCUCAAUAAUGUUAAAGUUGUGAGACCUGCGAAAAUUGAAGCGACCGCAUUAGGAUGCGCCAUGAUUUCAGGCCAAACUCUCUCUCUCUUUCAUGUUUUUGAUUGAUUAUUUGCAUUUUAC